AUGUCUUCCAACGCCAAAGAAGCCUUUUCUGCGCCAGCAGAGGUGCACACAUUCGAUGGCCUUCUCUCUGAUUUUGACGGAACGAUCGUCGACUCCACGGAUGCAAUCGUGAAACACUGGCACCAAAUUGGUGCUGAAUUGGGUGUGGAUCCCAAGACAAUCCUCGCUACUUCUCAUGGCCGGCGAAGCAUCGAUGUCAUGGGAAUCUAUGACAAGACCAAAGCCAACUGGGAAUAUGUCAACUUUGUCGAAGGCCGCAUUCCGAAAACGUACGGCUCCGAUGCUGUUGAAAUCCCGGGUGGUCGAGAUCUCAUGAACGCUCUCGACAGCUCCUCCGCCAGAUGGGGCGUGGUAACCUCAGGCACACGUGCGCUGAUUGAUGGCUGGCUGGGCGUGCUCAGCCUUACACACCCAAAGCAUCUUGUAGUAGCCGAGGAUGUUGAGCUAGGAAAGCCAGAUCCUCGAUGCUACCAGCUCGGCGCGAAAAAGAUUGGUCUGGAGGGCUCAACGAAUAUCGUCGUUUUGGAGGAUGCGCCUAGUGGAAUCAAGGCGGGCAAGGCUGCCGGAUACAAGGUCAUUGCACUCGCUACAACACAUUCUCUGGAUAAGCUGAAAGAGGCUGGAGCAGACUGGAUCAUUGAAGAUCUACGCAGCCUCUCCAUCAACAGUGUCGUCGAUGGACGAAUUGAGCUUGAGAUUCGGAAUGCGCUGCAGUGA